AUGGCAAUACGCCUUGGCAGAUCAGUAAUAUCCAAUAUGUAUGGACAUAUCGGACAAAUUUCUAUCGUCUCAGAUAGCGAAACAGCUUUGUGGUGGUUGAAAUCAGCAAAAAAACUACCCAUAUUCGUUGCAAAUCAACGCGAAAGAAUAAACAACCUGCGGGACCAACUCAAAACAGAGGGCAUUCCCUCAGGUUUCUUCCAUGUUGAUACUUCACACAACCCAGCUGAUGCGGGUACUCGUGGUCUUACAACUCAAGAAAUCAAUAAUCAUGACUGGGUGAGAGGACCACGCUGGUUAGAACAAAGCUCAAGCACAUGGCCGUUAAGGUCCAUCGAUACAAUCACAGAAGUGGCCAACACAAAGGAAGAGUGUGCGAUUUCCAUAAACGUAAUUGCUAAAGUUCAAAAAAAGACUAGGAAUGAUCUUAUGGAUUUGACGCGAUUUUCCACACUCAAAAAAGCAUUGCGAACAAUGGCAACAGUUGGGAAAGUUCUCAAGCAGUGGUCAUUAUCUACGGAAAAAGGUAGAUCUACUGUUAUAAGCCCCAAAAAGGUUCAUGAUUUUGAUUCUGGUAACGAAAUAACAUCAUCAGAUAUGGAACUCGCCGAGGAAAUUCUGAUAGCCACCGAACAAAGUCAUUAUACACUUGAAGAUCUUACGAAACAAUUUCCUGACAAGAAAGUAAUCCAAGACCAGAGAGGGAUAAUUCGUCAUGAAUCACGCUUACAAAAUGCGUAUCUUCCUUUGGAUACAAAAUCACCUAUCUUCAUCCCCAAAGAAUCCGAAUUGGUUCGACUAAUCCUGCUCAAGAUUCACAAUGAAAACGCACACUGUGGGAAAGAUCAUGCUUUGACUAUUGUGCGCCAAAGAUUCUGGAUUCCGCGCCUUGCCUGUGCCUUCAAAAAGUAUUUGGGCAAAUGCACAACAUGCAAAAAGUACCAAGGACUCCCCCUUGGGGCUCCAAUAAUGCCACCACUUCCGAGAGAUCGAGUCCUGGUCUCAAAACCGUUCCAAAACACUGGGUGUGACUUCAUGGGGCCAUUCACUUCGAAGACCGAAGAAAAAAUGUAUGACUGCUUAUACACGUGCCUAGCGACAAGAGCAGUACAACUCGAAGCUGUUGAAAAUCUAUCAACCGGAGCAUUCUUGGAAAGCUUUAUACGUUUUGUGUCACGAAGAGGUGUGCCAAAGAUCAUGCGCAGUGAUUGUGGCUCAAACUUUAAAAAUGGUGAGCACAUCAUAGAAGCAAUAUUCAAAAAAGAUGACAGUACAGGUAGUUCUCUGACGACCUACUGCGCAAACGAACGGAUAAAGUGGAUCUUUAAUCCUCCAGCGUCGCCAUGGAUGGGAGGCGUAUGGGAAAGACUAGUAGGAUCAGUCAAAAAGGCUCUAAACAAGUCAAUAGGACGAAGGAAGUUAAGCUUCCCUGAGAUGUGUACGGUGCUGACAAGAAUUGAAGCAAUUCUCAACACCAGACCGCUUACAAAAUGCGAUACUGAUGACAUCACAAAACUUCCGCUUCGCCCCAUUGAUUUCUUGCAAGGAAACAUCAAGUAUUCCAUCCCAAAUGGAAGUGCAUUGCAUGAUCAAACAGAUCCGGAAUAUGAUCCUACGCUUAUACAAACCGAAAAACAAGCGCUGGAAGCAAUCCGUUUUUCCGAAACGAUUGCAGAAAAGUUUUGGGAAUCUUGGAAGUCUCAAUACUUGAUAUCUCUUCGAGAAAACGAGAAAAUGAACUACAAACAACCAAGACAUCUGAAAUGA